AUGCCUGCUCGACGUGUCACCAAGUCGGACGUCAAGGCCUCGGCUGUCGUCGCUGCGGAGAAACAUCACGAGCAGCUGGACGAGCGACAACUUUGGCGUCCAUCACUAGAGACAGCGCUGUCUCUGCUUAUUCUCCCGCGCGCUGCGUCUGCUUUACUGAGCCCCAUCGCGGACUGUGACGAGACAUUCAACUACUGGGAACCUCUGCACUACCUGCUCUACCGCUUCGGUUUUCAGACGUGGGAGUAUUCUCCAGUCUACGCUCUUCGCUCCUACUUCUACCUGCUGUUACACUACAUCGUGGUGAAGCUUACAGCCUUCGGUUCUACUCUUGGACUACUGGCAGACCAGAAGCUUCUACUGUUCUACGGUCUACGCGCCGCAUUGGGCCUUCUAUCAGCCUACGCAGAGGCGCUGUUCUACCACUCUACUAGUCGUCGCUUCGGUUGUCGCACCGCGCGGUAUCUCCUGUGUGCUCUACUCUUCAACGCGGGCAUUUUCCAUGCCAGCACGGCCUUCCUACCCAGUACCUUCACAAUGGUACUAGUCAUGCUCUUCAGUAGUGCGUGGAUGGACAAGAAUCACUACUUAGCUCUCUUCUGGGGGAUCGUGGCUGUACUUUGUGGCUGGCCCUACGUCGGUGUACUCUUCAUCCCGUUUGCAGUCGAAACACUCUACACUCGAGGGCUUCUCAAGAGUAUCCUGGCCGGUGUUUCUAUCGGAGGAGCCGUGCUAGCUGUAGAAUUGCUAGUCAACUUCCACUACUACCAACGAUGGGUACUACCAGCGUGGAAUAUUGUGGUAUACAACGUCCUGAGCAACGAGACCGACUCUACACUAUACGGCACGGAGCCACUGAGCUACUAUCUGCUGAAUCUGGCGUUGAACAUCAAUAUCGUAGCUCUACUGGCUAUACCAGCGGCGUUGUUCGUAUACGCCCUACCUGGUCACUAUGAAACGACCAAGAUGCAGUUGCUAGCGUACUUGUCCCCGAUGUACGUAUGGGUGGGCAUCAUGUUCACUCAAGCACACAAGGAAGAGCGCUUCUUGUCUCCAGUGUACCCACUCUUCUGUCUAGCAGCUGCUGUUACACUAAGUGCAGUGGUGUAUCGUAUCAAACGCUUCUUCAGCCAUGCACCUGCAGUGGGUAGUGGCCUUACGAAGAUGCUGGUAGUGGGGACUCUGGGAGUCUACGCCCUACUCUCCGUUUCUCGCAUUGUCAGUAACGUCGUCAACUUCAGCGCUCCACUUCGUGUAUACCAGCAUUUGUAUACCACGAUACUACCGAAUCCCGAGAGUGGCAUGCUACUUACUGCUCCUAAUGCUGCUACACCUAUUGUAACGCUGUGUCUGUUGAAGGAAUGGUAUCGUUUCCCAACCAGCUUCUUCAUCCCGUCUAACUCUACCAAAGUAGAGUUCGUCAAGUCGUCUUUCUCGGGUUUACUACCAAAGGCUUUCGAGCAACAUGAGAACGGCACGUCGAUCAUCCCUAGUGCGAUGAAUAAUCAGAAUCGAGAGGAACCAAGUCGCUACGUACCACUUGAAACUUGCGACUACGUAGUGGACUUGAAUCUACCCGGACAACAGGAACUCAAGUUUUGGGAAGAGCCCGAAACUUGGGAACUGGUACAUUCGGAACCGUUCCUUGAUGCUGAACGAUCAAAAUCGCCGUACCGAUCGUUCUACCUCCCCAUCCUCACGCCACAAUACGUGAAAUACGCCGACUACGCCAUCUACAAGCGCAAAAUGACGAUAGCUCAUUAA